AUGAUGACAGCAGAGGCCAACAACCUUUCCUCCAAGUCUCGCCUCGGUUUUCACCAGGUCAUGAAGUCAUCCCCUGGGCUUGCCGACUACAAGACGAGAACCGCGCUUCGCCCUCGAUAUCGCUUUGGUUGGCUUAUGAGCGACGACGACCUACGCGCAAUCACGCCACCAGAGUUGCACUGGCGGGAGUCGCCCACAAUGAAUUAUGUCCACGACCUCAUGAAUGAUUGCUGUGCCGUGUAUGGGGAAAGCUUCGACAUCUCGGUAGUACCACUGGGGCCGAGAGGAACGGACCUUUUGGGGAGGAACCUGUUGUACUUUACCUUCCUGCACUUCACCAACAACAGAACCCCUGACGCUCUGGCGAAGGCGGAGGACGAAGAAAUAAUCAAAUCUCUCACUAGAGUACUCAAGGCCGAGAAUAAUCCCCCGGUGUGGUUGUUGGAUGAUUACCGCGUCUAG